AGUUCCAGCUGGCUCUGUUAAAGCGGCGCUCUCCCGAGGCCAGCGCUCGCCCGCGGGCUGCCCGCGCGCCGCUACCACGGCAACGAACGCACGCACGAGUCGUGGGGCGCACGCCAUGCGCCGUUGCGGCGCCGCUGCCAUGCUGUGGGCAGCCCGCCUCUGCGCCAUCGCAUCAGCAAGCGACGAAGUAGCCCGCUCCCUCACCCAAUUGCAGUCGCGCGACGGCCGGCAACAAACGCAAGCCGCGCGUCGACUCCAGGACCUGUCCUACGAGGACCCGAGGGCCGCCGCGAGAAUACUCGAGGAAGGAGCAGCCCCACAUCUCGUGGAAGUGCUGACGAACGGCGCCUCCUUGCAAGCAAAGGUCGCCGCCGCCGGCGCGUUGGUGGACGUGGGCGGCCACGGCACUUCUUUGAGACUCGAAGUUACAAGGGCAGGUGCGGUCGAACCGGCCAUCGCAUUACUCGACCGCGACGACGACGCCGCGCGGGAAGUAGCUGCAGGAUUACUGGUCGUGGCGGCGCCCGUGGCGCGGGCGGCGGUCGUCGUGCCCCUCGUAAAAAUGGUCGGAGAUACCUCUACAAAAGCAUCGCAAAUACGAGCCGGCAACGCGGCCUGGGCGUUAUCUAGGUUGGCCGACCUGCCCGGCCUGCCGCUGUCGAUGGCGCGGGCCGGGGCCGGCGAAGCGCUGAAGAACGCGCUCGGCGCGCCUCGGGCGCGGCGACGCGCCGCGGACGCCGUCACCGCACUGGCAGCUGAUGAAGGUGUAGCGCGCGAACUGAGCGACGCGGGCUGCGGCGCGGCGUUAGCCCGAGCUUUAGAAAGGACGUCUGCUACUUCCGACGACAUGUUCUCUCUUGUGAGUGCGCUCGCGGCGCUGGCCGAGGCCGACCCCCGCGACGCGCUGAACGAGGAGAAGCCGCCCCUAGCUGCAUUAGUACGGGUCCUAGAUCGGGGCCACGCCGAGUCGAAAAGGGAGGCCACGCGCGCGCUGUACGCGCUCGCGACGGAUUCCGCGGAAGUCCGGGAACGCCUAUUGUUCCACCACGACGCCGUGCUGCCGCUCGAAAGGCUGCUCGACGCGAGCGACGCGAAGGCAAGAGUAUUAGCGGCGGCGGCGUUGCGCGUGCUCGGCGCGCCGCCGCCGGCACCUCCACCACCUUCCGAAGAAGAACCGAUCCGACGCAAGAGGCGCCCGUCGUUCGUCGUUGUGGUUUUAGUGUUGGCCCUCGGCUUAGUCCUGAAGGGCAAGCAGCGAAGACGGCGGCCCGCGGCGAAGAAAACAGUAGUGAGGGACAAAGGCCACGAGGACAUGCGCGCCGCGAUGAUUCGGGUGCGGGAGCUGACGGCGGAACGCGACGAGUUCAAGGCCAAAGCUGAAAAGGCGGAGGCGCGUCUGCGGAGUCGAGAAGAGGAGCUCCGGGCCGAGCUCGCGGAGCUCCGCGAGGCUCAAAGAGCUGACGCGGCGAGCCUCGCGCGAUCGCUCGCGUCGAGGGCCCGUGAGCGAAAAGAGGCGGAACGCCGCUUCGAGAUCGAACGCGACGCCGCGGCUGCGGCUUCGGCCGCAAACGCCGCGCGCGCGGCCGACCGCCAGCGCCACGGCCUCGCCCUGGCCCGCGAGCGCGACGCGGCCCUUCGGCAGCUGGCGGUGGUUCGGGCCGAGCUCGACGCGGCCAAGUCGUCGGCGAAGCGCGGGCUCUUUUCGUCCGAGGACGAUCCCGUGCUGCCGAUGGCUGCCGGGGGGUCGCUGCGAAUUCGUUAA